GGGCUGUUGUGUUGUCAUAGCAACCAAGUUUAAAAACCAUGGGCGGACUGACACCGCCCAAGAAGCCUUCAGCCUCACAAAUGCGACAAAAAGCGCUAAAAUGCACGGUCGAAUUGGAAAUCCAAGCUAUCACUUGUCCAGGGGUGGUGUUACCAUCCCAAGAGGACAUGUAUGUUAGUGUUCGGAUAAUGGGCCAGUACCAGAAGUCCAAGUGUGUCCCUCCGGUUUUCCCUCUGCUGUUGCAUGAAAAAAUGGUGUUUGUGAAGACCUUUGUGGGAAUGGUUGACCCGGGUGCUGUAGCCGAGCAUCUGGAGAAUGAUACAACAUCUUUAGAGCUCAUUCAGCUGGUUCCUCCAGAGGGUGAGAUCCUGGCCACGUUUGAAGACGACACCCGGGAGUUUCUGUAUCCAGGCCCUCGUUUGAGUCCCAGAAGCCCCGGCCCAGAGAGAGAGAUUCUGAUGAAGAGAUCCAUCUCCUUCCCCGGAAUCUCUCCCAAAGUGGAGUUCUCAACGACGUCCAUUAUUGAGGAGUGUGAUGUGAAACACGGUCAGCCUGCCAUGUCUUUAUGCAAUCGUUCUUCUACUAAGCCCUGUCGUGUGAGAACUUGCCCUGCAAAUGCAAAGAAGAAACCAGACAGAGCGCCAUCCUGCGGAUACGAAAAGCCAACAGUGGCGUCCCAAAGUCGUGCUCCUUCACCCUACACCCACCGCAAGAUGUGUCAGCUGUCCGAGGAGGCCAGACAACGACUCAGUCACGUCAAACUGGGGCCAUACACAUUUAAGAAAGAGACGGUCCCUCAGGCUCCAUUCGUGGUGCCCCGAAGCCCAAACGCGUCACUGAUGUCCCCCACGACAUGUGGUCUUACAUCUCAGUCUGCUACUAAAAAAAGCCCGCUACAACUGCGAUCACAGUGCUACACAGCAAACCUCACAGAUCCCUCUCUCCUUGGAAGUUUUAGAUCAAAGCCCUCACAGCAGGCAUCCAGAAGUUCCCCAAAAAAAUCCCUCAAAGAGCAUUCCUCACCUGUGUCCAGCACACUCAGAGACCAGAGUCCAGUCUUGAGCCGCUCUUCCCUGAGAGAACGGUUCCAGAGUUCAUCCAGUUCCUCGCAGUCAAAGGAGAUCCACAAACGAGUGCAGAGAAUCCUCAGCAGCUCUGGUCCCCGCUGCAAGCUUUCUUUUGAUGAAGAGAGUGAGGAGGGUUCAUGUGUUUCCACCCACCCACAUCAUGGUGACAGCUGGCUGCCGCAGGACAGGCUAAUUCCUGGAGAACCAUCUGUUCAUUUAGACAACGGCACAUUUUGGACUAACAGAGCGGCGGUGUAUACUGGGAAGCCCCACAGAGCUGUGUUUGAGGACAGUUUGAGCAAAAUCUACAAGAACCUCUACAGAAACGCUUCACAGCCAGGACACGGUGGACAAAGCACCUGGACACAAUGACCAAAGACAUGUUCUUUUAAUGCAGUGG